ACGGCACAAGUUCUACCAGAACACUUUAAAUCAGACUGCUGUGGAGACCGCCUCUUCAGCUCAGCUCCACAAGCCAACCUGCCCAUGUCAUCCUUUAUGUAUCGGCAACCUGCAACCUCGCCUCAACCGCUGUGCCCAACACUACUGCUACCUGAGCCAUCAGUCCCCAGUAGUCCUGGCGCGUCUACCUUGUCUACCUGCACAUUCUUCUCCCAUUCACAUCACCCCAAGACUGCCCGGAUGGGCGAAAAAGGGCUCUCAAGCACCGCAGCCCUUCCUUCCGGUCGGCAUUGGAAAGCCCCUAUUUCGACUGGCCCAGUUCACAGCAGAGCAGUGGCAAUUUCGCGCUACACAUCGCAGUCCACAGGACUGUGUCGCCUGCCUUAUCUUCUACACCGUCUUCUAUACAGGCCUCCUUGGAUGGGCUCUGGCGGCCUAUCUAUUAUUUCAUUACCUUGUACUGAACAGAGAUGCACCCAUGAUCACCGGACCCCAGAGCCUAUUGCACGCCAGCCCGGGACUGGGACUUGCGCCAAUAAUUGA